GGGAGUGACACUUCGCAGUUGUCACGCUUGCCACAGCACUUCAACGGCACUGCCAGUGGAGCAGAAGAAGGAGGAGACGGUCCUCGCAGCGUAUGUCCGUGUCGACUUUCUUCGUCUCACUCGGCCUCCGCUUCAGUUGAACCUAGCCAGCGAGACGGCAGCAUGAAGGCCAUCGGAUCCAGAUUCUCUUUUUUUGCGGGGUUUGUGGUGGGGACCCUCUCUCUGUACGUGUUUCUGCGGCAGGUGUGGUUUGAGAGGACUUCGUCGUCUCUCCAGGUCAGCAGCCAGUUCAAGCCUCAUGGCCACCUGCAGCAGCACGACGAAGAGAAGGAGAUGUGGAAGAAGGAAAGGUCUGCUCUGUUCAAUCUGAAGCACCCCCAUCAUAUAGGUGAAGAUAGCCACAUGGCCGAUGAACUGUACAAGAAGGUGCGUAUUCUUUGCUGGGUGAUGACUGGACCCAACAACCUGGAGACAAAGGCUCGACACGUCAAGUACACAUGGAGUCGUCACUGCAAUAUUGUGGUCUUCAUGAGUUCUGUGGACAACCCUGACUUCCCCACUGUGGGAUUAGGUACAAAGGAAGGUCGCGAUCAGCUUUACUGGAAGACAAUCCGGGCCUUCCAUUAUGCCUAUGAGCAUUAUGCCAAUGAAGCAGAUUGGUUCCUCAAGGCAGAUGAUGACACCUACGUAAUAGUAGACAACCUUCGGUGGGUCCUCGCAAACUACACGCCCAAUGAUCCAAUUUACUUUGGCCGAAGAUUCAAGCCUUACACCAAGCAGGGCUACAUGAGUGGUGGUGCGGGCUAUGUACUGAGCAAAGAGGCUCUGCGGAGAUUUGUUGAGGGUUUUAAGAACAAAGUCUGCACUCACACUACCUCAGUAGAGGACCUUGCAAUGGGUCAGUGCAUGGAGAAAGUUGGGGUGCUGGCAGGAGACUCCAGAGACACUAAGCAUAGGGAGACAUUUCAUCCUUUUGUUCCUGAGCAGCACCUCACUACCAAGUUCCCCAAGAGCUUCUGGUAUUGGAGCUACUGUUACUACCCCAUCUCAGAGGGUCCCAACUGCUGCUCAGAUGUUUCAGUGUCCUUCCAUUAUGUAGAUGCUGCAACCAUGUAUGUGAUGGAAUACUAUACUUAUCACCUGCGUGCCUUUGGAUACAGGUAUCGUUACCAGCCCCCUACCCCACGAGGCUAUACUAUUGAACGGUCAAGUAUCUUGGAUGCUGCAGAAGGACAAAAAGAGGGGGCUUCUCAGGAGAAAGAGAAAGGUCAGGUGGAUAAACCAUCCAAGAUUGACCAGGGACAGGAUGAAGAUCCAGCGCCUGUGGCUGGAAAAGGCCCUGAUAAUUAGGCAGAGGGUGGGAAAUAAGUGUUUUGACCAUUUGCUUAGUCGUUCUUGGCUCAUACUACUACAAAGGUAGGAAAGCAGUCCACUCUACUAUUCAGUUUCUUCACAAAAAAGUGCAUUGGCUGAGGAUUCCUGAGAUGAAGGGCUGCUUGGGAUGUGAACCGUCACUGCAGUACUGAUCUUUAACUUCAGAGCUGGUUUAUUGAUCAACUGAGUGGUAACACCUUUUGGGUGACCUUUACUAAUUUGAAAACUACCCAAAGCUAAUACAUUUCCAGUUGAUUGAAAGGUUUUUGCUGUUAUUUAGUCCCUUUUCUUAAGUUGCUACAGUUUCACCAAAACUUGAUCUUCCAUCCAUUUCUUGAUUUUCUGAAGUCAAGUCUUAAUUCACUCUGCGUGCCUGUAAAAUGAUUUGUGUCUUGAGCUGAUUCAGCUAUAAAAACAAGUGGUUAAACGUUUUUCUGGUUCCACGGCAUGCUAAGCCGACAUUAUUACAAGUCACAUUUUAUUUGAAUUUAGCUAUGUGAGGAUUUAUUUUAUGUGAAGAAAAUUUUACAUUUGUCUCAAAUAGUCACUAUUGAAGUUUUUAUCAAAGAUCUAGAGCUCUAACUAAAAAUGAUAUCUCUUACUCAUUUAACCAUGUGGAUUUUGUUGAGCAGCUAAUCUUUUUUUCUUUCUUUCAUUCUUUCUUUCUUUCUUUCUUUCUUUUUUUUAAAGGAAAAUGAGCACUAUGUUUUCCUAAGUCCUAGUAUGAUGUCUUCAAAUACCUGACAAAGAAAAGAAGCAAAUCUCCACAGAAGAGUAGUCGCAUCAACAUAGUGGUGUGUUGUCCCUCAGAUAGCAGUUUAGAAAAUGAUCUGUCAUUUGGCCUAAUAAAUAUUACACUUUCAGCCUUAGGUGGGACCUCAGUGGAAAAUGGCGUCAGGUGCCAGGUUAUGAGGCACUGCUCACUCCUCAGUGUCUAACAGAAAUGUAGUGAGUAACUGUGAUGCUUUAAACAAAAUGUCUGAAUGACUACAUGUCUACAACUCAGCCAAAGAUGGAGCCAUUCUGAUAACAGCCAGUGGUGUGGUUGUUGCCGUUCUCUUGUUUUCUUGGCAGCAAGUAUUUCUUUUUUUUUUCCUUUAGUUACACAUAGUCUGUAUUUCCAUCUGUAGAAGUAAAACCCAAAAUGCCCUCAUCUAGCCGUCUAUUUGUGCUUCCUUGAACUAGCACUGAACACACACUUUACAAUUUGCCUACAUCUUCCCCACUGGACUCAUUAGCUUGUGCCUUGUAAAUUGAGAUUGUAUGAGCCGACUUUGCACUGUGGCAUUACCCCGAUGAGAGCGAUGCUCCCAAUGCAUUUCAGAUGGAGUAUAAUUCAUUGAAUCCUUCCAUUGUGAUGUUUCUGACCUUUUAUACACUUUUAAACAAAGUAGUGUUAUUUUUUUAAAUUGUGGGCCAACCAGACUUUGUUUUUCUGUCGCCAGUAUUCCUAACAGGCAUUCCUAAGCAUUCCUAACAGUUGUGAUACAGACAGACACUGGUGUUACAAUGUUGACCACACGAAGGAAUAAGUGCUGACUAAAAUGAAUUUGGCUUUCUGUGUGAAAACUAAAUGCACUUUUUACUGAUACAAUUGCUGUUUUUCCUUUUUAACCACUUCCACAUUUUAUUUUCUUCAAGGUUAAAUACGUUUGCACUUUUCUUGUGUGCAUGGGCAUGGAGCAUGUUUUUUUGUUUUUUUUUAUUUUUAUUCAAAAUGAAAUAGUCCAGUCAGUUUUAAUCAAGUCAGCAUGUUUGGUUGGUGGUUUCUUUUCUCUGACAUAAAGUUUAUUUGCCGGCUCGUUGGUAACAGCCAAAUCUGGAUUUUGAUUUGGAGUGACACAGCACAUCCAGUCCUUGACAAUCUUCUCAAUAUUAAAACAGAAAGGGAAAAGGUUUAUAGUGCUGUAUUUAUAUUUUAAUUGUAUUUUCGUUGGUAUUGAGUUCUGAAUUGAGUUGGUGCAGUUUUGGUGUGUGAGUGAGUUUAUGUUGGUGUGUGAGCACACAGUCAGUGUGCAGCAUCUUUUUUAGUGAAUGGUACUGUAAUCAAUAUGAAUAAAUACAUAUUUUAUUGUA